AUGCACUCCUAUAGAGGCCGUGGCGGACCUCGCCAAUCCACUCCAGCAAACGUCCAAUGCCAAAAGUGUCUUAAAAGAGAUAAGUCUACAAGCAAACCAUACGUCGCAAACGUUGAACUGACUCUUAUAAACGUCAUUACUCUUAUGAGUGCAAGGAGUCGGCUACGGCCCGACCAUAUGUGUCUCGGCCGUCCCGAACUCAACAGCUGCGCAACCCGAAGCUCAUACCCAAACUGA